CCCAGCUAGAGCUGCCCCGGUCAACUGUAAGUGUUGUUAUUGUGAAGUGGAAACGUCUAGGAGCAACAACGGCCCAGCAGCUAAGUGGUAAGCCACACAAUCUCAUAGAAUGGGACCGUUGAGUGCCGAAGCCCGUAGCAUGUAAAAAUCGUCUGUCCUCGGUUGAAACACUCACUACUGAGUUCCAAACUGCCUCUAGAAGCAACGUGUUCGUCGGGAGCUACAUGAAAUGGGUUUCCAUGGCCGAGCAGCCGCAAACAAGCUUAAGAUCACCAUGCGUAAUGCCAAGCGUCGGCUGGAGUGGUGUAAAGCUCGCUGCCAUUGGACUCUAGAGCAGUGGAAACGCGUUCUCUGGCGUUAUGAAUCAUGCUUCACCAUCUGGCAGUCCAACGGACUAAUCUGGCUUGGCGGAUGGCAGGAGAACGCUACCUGCCCUAAUGCACAGUGCAAACUGUAACGUUUGGUGGAGGAGGAAUAAUGGUCUGGGGCUGUUUUUCUUGGUUCAGGCGAGGCCCCUUAGUUCCAGUGAAGGGAAAUCUUAAUACUACAGCAUAUAAUUACAUUCUAGAUGAUUCUUUGCUUCCAACUUGUGGCAACAGUUUGGGGAAGGCCCUUUCCUGUUUCAGCAUGACAUUUCCCCCAUGCACAAAGUGAGGUCCAUACAGAAAUGGUUUGUCGAGAUCGGUGUGGAAGAACUUGACUGGCCUGCACAGAGCCCUGACCUCAACCCCAUCAAACACCUUUGGGAUGAAUUGAAAUUCUGGCUGCGUGCCAGGCCUAAUCGCCCAAUAUCAGUGCCUGGCCUCAUUAAUGCUCUUGUGGCUGAAUUGAAGAAAGUUCCCGCAGCAAUGUUCCAACGUCUAGUGGAAAGCCUUCGCAGAAGAGUGGAGGCUGUUAUAGCAGCAUAGGGGGACCAACUCUAUAUUAAUGCCCAUGAUUUUGGAAUGAGAUGUUCGAUGAGCAGGUGUCCACAUACUUUUGGUCAUGUAGCAUACGUAAAAAGCUACCAUCAAGUUCACACAACAGAACUGUAAAUAUGGAGAUCUAAGAUGGAGCACACCUCGUGUACAGAGGACCGUAUCCACCACGCCCUGGACAGGUGCCUUUAUGGCCUGGGCCACAACUCUCCCAACACACAGCCCUGGAACGCUGGCCUGUGCAUAAACCGCUGGAGUUUAGAGGAACUAGUGAAGCGAGAUCCACAAAACUUCAUCAUCCUACUGCAGCAGAUUCUGAGGAAAACUAGGGAGGUUCUAGAGCAGUCCCAGGAUGAGCUGGUGGUCCCACUGGCUCUCCUGUUCUCUUCUACUCUUCUGCAGACCCCUCACUUCUCCCCUGACUCUGGGGUGCUGCAGGAUGCCUGUGAGGUGUUCCACUGUUUCCUGUCCUGGCCGGAGCCCUGCUGCAGUGCCAGCCGACACCUGCUCUCCCUCAUCCAGCAGGAGGUCAGGGCACCAGGUAUCUCAUUUCAAAGACUAUUGAGAGAAGAACAGGGCUUGACCACCACCACCACCACCACCACCACCACCACCACCAAUCACUCCAAAACUAUGACGGUAUUGUUAAUGAGCCCAGGUGAGGAUGUCCCUCCCGAGCUCCUGUCUGUCUCUGAGCAGCUGAGUGGUGUCUGUCACUCCCAGAGGGACACCUCCAUCACCCUGAUCAAACAUGCCUUCCAGGCUGCCCUGGGGACCAAGUACCCCCUCCAGAUACUGCAUCAUGCACUGCAGUCAAAAGGGGCAGAGGAUCUGGAGCAGCUUGUGACUGCAGUAACAGAGGCCCUGGAGACAGCAGCCUCUACACAGGACCCAGACGCAGCCAGAGAGAGUCUAUUGCAGAGCCUAAAGGGGCUGGUGGAGAGCAUUGGCAUACCCCCUCCAGACUGCCAUACAAGCCCUGGAAAUGUCCAUACACUGACGCUGCCCUUAGCCAAAUGUCACAUGUACUCCUGGGAUAAGGACAACUUCGACAUUUUAAAUGACCUUCUUCAGAGUGAGCUGGACCAGCUCCCAGUCUUUAACCUUCCCACAGACAAGGGAGAGGAGGAUGAUGAAGAUGAGGAAACAGAGGAGGAAACAACAAAGAACCGAUACACAGACCACCGGAUCUCCACUGUGUCCAUCUGCUCCAAAGACUCUAUGUUCUCCAGCUACUCCCUGUCCUCCAGCUUGUCUGUGCCCUCCACCCUGUCUGAGUCUUCUGGGGUGGACAGUGACUUCAGCGAGGACUUGGAGACAGAUGACGGUCAACCAGAGACCAGGACGAGACCAAAGUCAAAAGUCCACCUCAGCCAGCGUUUCUCCAUGCUCUUCAAGUCCCAACGCAGCUCCUCCCUCUGCCGACGCGCACAGAGCAUGGGCUCCCGUGGUGAUGUCAUUAGAGACGGCCCAUCUGGGGCGCUGUUCAAGCGCUCCAAGUCAUUGCCUAGACAGGUCCGCCUUCCCCGCCAGCCCCGCAGUUCAGGGGUGCCUGCCCCCACCUCAGAUGGACCGUUUCCCCAGAGUCACCACGUGUGUGUCCGGAAGAGGCCCAUUCUGAGUUGUGAGGAGGGGGAUGGGGUGGAGAUGUCCACCCUGGUCAGGGUGGUAGUGUUUGGGGGGGACCGGGAGGCAGGGAGGCUGGCCAGGGCCUACACUGACCUACAGCAGAGGGAGAGCAGGUGUCCUCGCCUCACUAGGGCCUACAGGCUGCAGUUCUACUUUGUCCCUGUGAAGAGAGGGAACCUGGGAGGUCCAGGAGGAGUGUCCAUAGUGCCUGAGGGGCACCUAGGGAGUCUACUGAAAUGCCCAACAUCUACGAAGUCAAAUGCAGUUAUACUUGAGGACAGCACCACUGACAUCGCCCAGUUGAUAGGCAUGACUGACCCCUGGUACAAACAGAGCGUGCUUAGUCUCCUCAGCCUGUCCUCUGAUGUCCUGUGCCAGACAACUUCUAAAGUGGAUUGUGACUCAGAUAGCAGCUCCUCUGAGCGCGUUCUCCUCCUGGCAGACCUGGUGCUGUAUUACUGUCGAAAUGCAGCACAGCCUGUUCUGUUACAACUCUACCAGGCUGAGCUGACUCUGGCUGGGGGAGAGAAGAGAAGAGAGGUGUUCAUCCAUUCCUUGGAGCUUGGACACACAGCAGGGACACGAGCCGUUAAGGCCAUGGGUGCAGCUAGCAAAAGGUUUGGGAUUGAUGGAGAUCGUGAGGCCCUGCCAUUAGCACUAUAUAUUGUUUAUAACAAGGUUUUUGUAAGUGGGAGGAGUCAAAGGACAGAAACAGACAUGGUUUGCACCUCAAUAAACUUGAGGAAAGCCUGCAAGAGACCUCAGCAGCUAGAUUCUAAAAUGGAGAGUCUUCACUUGACAAUGACAGAGGUGUUGAAGAUACAGAGCUCCAAAUCCAAGAAAAACUACAAUCAGCAGAUCUCCAGGUCAGAGGUGAAGGUGGACAAGGUCCAGGUGAGUGGUGGCAGUGGGAUCACCUUCCCUGUGUGUCUGGACCAGGAUGAGAAGAAGAUCAUCCAAAGCGUCAUCAGGUGUGAGGUGUCGUUGUGCUGUAAACCAGGCAGCGGUUCUGACUGGAGGUCUCACAGGAGCCAGCCUGGUCAGGUCCAGCCACUACACCCCUCCUUCUGCUCCCUGCUCUGCCUGCCCAUCACCUCCUUCUGUGGCUCUCAACCGUCAUAAACCACUGGACUAGGCUACAACGUUCCUCUCCUAAACCACUCAGACAUGAACACCCACAUGAUGUUCUGAUAAUAAUGUUUUCCAUUUAGCAUGAAGCUUUUAUCCAAAGCAACAUACAGUCAUGUGUACAUACAUUUUAUGUAUGGUCCCUGGAAUCAAACCCACUACCCUGGUGUUACAAGUGCCAUGCUCUACCAACUGAGCUACAGAGGAAGUUGUAUUAUUUUGCACAUCUGGUGUUCUGUGUACUGUAAUAGUCAACUCAGUCAAAAAUAUUUUGGCUGCAUGAUCGUUUAUCCUGUUUUAUUUUUUGACAACCUUGAGUGGAUGCCUUGUGAUGCAUUGUACUUGUGUGAGGAUGUCUAGACUAGACAAAGGGGAUUUUACUGUUGUGGUGCUGUGAGAAAAUGUGUUUCACUCAAGAUAUUGUACAGUCCCCAUAGGCUUCCAUGUGCAUUGCUAGCAGUGCACUGUACAUUUUUUUGUCAUUCUUAUCAUGCCUGAAUAUUCAUUCAUUGAAAUGUUCUCUAUGCUAUGUCAACAUUUCAGUUUUCAACUAUGAAUGACCCUGAGGACUCCUCAGUUCUCAUUGACAAGUGUAUAACAUGAAUAAAUACAUAUAUUUAUUGAAAUAAAGAAAACAUAUUUAACAGGA